ACCGCUUUUGAUUGUCCAAGCGACUCAUUCACUUACUAACACAUCCGAAUAGCUAUGGAGGCUGCCCAGACACACUCGUCACUCACGCCGUUGCGAUCGAUGCAGCAUAAGGACGCAUAUGGCAACAUGAUAGAGGAGCCCGAUCACUCGAACCCAACCAGACAUCGCUGGGAAAGGCCCCUCGAAACCAUCCGCAGCUUCAACGAUGCUGUUGAAGGCGGCUACAAGCGCAGGUCCAUGAUGCGAACGGACACGGAACCGUCCAUCAAUUGGAGUCGCAGAAACAGCCAUCACCCGGGAGCCGCGCAGCCGAGGAGCCGCCCUGAUAGUUUCUACGGCAGCCGCCCUGUAUCGUUCCGGCCAGAGAGCACACAGUUCAGCCUACACCAAGCGCCGGCACAGCGUGCUGGCAGCAUGUAUGGCAUGGACAGGUUCCAGCAAGAGGGUCACCACGGCUACGGAGGCCACCCCGGUCGCCAGCGUGCCCCCCGAAUGCAUAGUGAGCCCCAGUACGGGCACUCUGGCGGCGGGCAUGGACGUGGACCCAGCGGUUACCACCUGUCUCAUCAAGACCGAUCGUACGAGACCGUCACCUCGGCGGCCGAGGGCAGCAGGCAUUCGGAUCAGAUUGGCUACCAGACCGACCCGACUAGUAGCGAUAACAGCUCGAUCGAACGCCGGUCCCCCGCCCGGCGCCCAGAGCCUCACAACGACUACGGCAUCGGUUUCAGCCAACCUCAGCAGCCACAACACAACCUAGCCUUGAACCAAAUCCAUGGAAACCAGCAGCAGCCGCCGCGCCCCCCACCUCACGGCGUACAGAGCCAGCCCGCCGUACCGCGUAAGAGCGUGCCAACGGUUCUGCAGCGCCAGCCCACGCAGCAAUCGACAAAGACCGCGGGCGGCGACAAGCGCAAGAGCUGGUUCACCCGCAAGUUCAGCAGCAAAAAGGAGUGAAAUCCCGAGGAUCACUACGUCUGAUGAGACAUGCCUGCCCUGGUAAUGCACACACGGAUCUUGCUUUUUAUGGAAUACCCCUAUACCCUUAUGCGUCC